GCGGCGACGGCGCGCCGUAGGUGUCAUGAGGAAGAUGGCGGCGUGCAGAGGAAGCUGAUGGCUUUGAACCCUUGGUGAGAGGUUUCCGUACAGAACCAGCGAGGAGUUUGGAAUCUCUUCGCUCUAUUCCUAGUCUCUGUUUUCACGUAUGCCCAAGCCCUUGGGCGUGAUGUGGCGGAUCUGCCCUCGGCUGAGGAACCGGGGACGCUGUCUCUUGAAUCGGCCUCCCGGUGAUCCCUCCGUCUCAAUGUGGCCGCGGCCUCCGGCCCGGACAUAUGUACCGCCAACAGAAAGGAAGAGGUUUUAUCAGAAUGUCAGCAUCUCACAGGGGGAAGGUGGCUUUGAGAUAAACCUGGACCACAGAAAGCUGAAAACUCCCCAAGCCAAGCUUUUUACUGUUCCCAGCGAGGCUUUGGCCAUAGCAGUGGCCACUGAAUGGGACUCCCAGCAGGACACCAUCAAGUUCUACACCAUGCACCUGACCACAUUAUGCAACACAUCCUUGGACAACCCAACCCAGCGAAACAAGGAUCAGCUGAUCCGAGCAACUGUGAAGUUCCUGGACACUGACACCAUCUGCUACAGGGUGGAGGAGCCAGAGACAUUAGUGGAGCUUCAAAAGAACGAGUGGGACCCAAUCAUAGAGUGGGCUGAGAAAAGAUAUGGUGUGGAGAUCGGCUCCUCCACCAGCAUAAUGGGACCCAGCGUCCCUUCCCACACCCGAGAAGUGCUUACCAGCCACUUGUCCUCUUACAACAUGUGGGCCCUGCAAGGGAUUGAGUUUGUAGUGGCCCAGCUCAAGUCCAUGUUGCUGACCUUGGGUCUGAUUGACCUGCGCUUGACUGUGGAGCAAGCUGUGCUUCUGUCACGCCUGGAGGAGGAGUACCAGAUCCAGAAAUGGGGCAACAUUGAGUGGGCCCACGACUACGAGCUCCAGGAGCUGCGCGCUCGCACUGCUGCUGGCACCCUUUUCGUCCACCUCUGCUCGGAAAGCUCCACAGUCAAGCACAAGCUCCUGCAGGAGUGAGGCCUGGCUUGUAUGCGCUGGCUGAAGGAACUGCACAGACACAGCCUCACUGAUCUGGGCUUCCCUGGCUGUUGGGUCUCUGGAGCCAGUGAAACUCUACUGGCUUGUACCUGAGGUUCUCUCAGCCUAUGCCUGUGGGGCUGCCCAGCCUGUACCUGGGUCUUCCCUGGCCUUGUGGCUUGGCUUUAUCCAGAAACACCCUGCGAUGCCCAGGAGACACAGUGUGCCUGUCUUGAGGUCAGGCAACUUCCAAUCCAGGCACCCUUGGCCUAGUGGGGGAGGGAGAUGAGUGGCACAGGGACUUUCUCUUGAUCCCGAUUUUAUUAAAUAUUUUUUCAUCCUGGAAAUAUAUCAAGCCUUGUUUUCAUUUGAGCCUCAGCAUUUCUCCAUUCUGAGCUCUGAUGUCAUUUUUACGUCUGCUACCAGUGGCUGGGGAUCUCGUGGAGGUGGGGGAGAGGCAGGAGACAAGCACAUCACCACACACAACCGCUUUUCAUCUUCAGCCCUCAGCCUGAAUGCCUUUUCCCCUGAGUUGUCA